UGACCAAAAUGCUAUAAACGAGGGACGCACAUAUAAAAGACAACCACUUGAGAGGCUUGAAGUAGUAUCUGCCCGGAGGAACCUAGAAUUUGUAGGAUCUCUCAAGAGUCUCAAGAUAUAUAAAAGUUUAUUUUAUUUUUUUGUGAAAAUGAGAUUAACUUUAUUCCUUUUGGUCAUCUUCCUGGCUUUCUGUGCUAUAUCUGCGUAUCCUCAUAGAGAUUCAGACCAUGGUAGAGGCUACGGAGGAGGAGGAGGCUAUGGAGGAGGUUACGGAGGAGGCUAUGGAGGGGGUUCGGGAGGAGGCUACGGCAACCGUAGGAAUCCUCCUCGUCCUUCUAGACGGGGUAGUGGUGGACCAGGACUUGGCAACAGAGGAGGAGGCUUCUCAAAUUCCCAAUCGAGUGCCACUUCGAACUCAUUCGGUUCAAACAAUGGAUUUGGCGGAGGACUCAGUGGAUCCUCAGCGAGUGCUCAAUCAAAUUCUUUUGGUGGGGGCAGAUGAACCACAAAGAAUUUAAAAGAGUUUUUUAUAAAAUUCAAUAAAAAUGUUCAUCUUUCCAUUCAAA